AUGCUAGGCAGCCUGCUGCUCGCCGUUGGCAACGUCGCUGCAGGAUGCCUUCUCCUCGGCGUCAUGGCGGCGGCGCUGUUUACCUCGCUGCUCAUCAGCUGCUACAAAAUCGACGCCCCGCGCGAGUGGCCCUCGUGGGGUGUCGUGCUCAUCCCUGUCUGGUGCUUCCUGCCGGUGUUGUUGCUGGCCAGCCUCACGGUGAUGACGAGCGUGCGCCGUGGCAUGUACAUCCUGCUGCUCCCCAGCCUACGCCUUCUUCUCUGCGUCGUCAUCGCGGCGACAACCGCGGCCGCGCUCGACCACCGCAUCGCCCCUCUCACCGCUUUCAUUCCGUGGUUGAUCUGGUACGUCCUGGGUACGGUGAGUGACCUCGCCAUGCUAGUGCCGACAGUGUACUCGCGCACGCACUCGCCCCUGUUCGGUGAGGGGGGAGCAGCCGGCGUCAGUGGCCAUCACCGCACGAACACCUCGGUCGAGGAUCCGUUCCUGCGGCCUGGCAAUGGCCACGGUGAGGCCAGCAGCAUCGACGAAUCGGAGGCGACUCACAGCAGCGGCGCCGAGGGCGGCUUCGGCAAUGACUCCCCUCCCUCGCAGCCGUGGAAGACGGCGCAGUACUGGCGCGAGGUGGCCGAGGUGUUGUUCGAGGCGGUGUGCGUGUACACCUUUCUUUACUUGGCGUUUCAACGCGCCCUGCAGCAGCAGCAGGCGUAUCCCGGAAGCCCGCAUUUGCUUCCGCAAAGCGGCGGCACCACUGCUGACCGCAUCGGUGCCGCGCCUCCCCUGCUGAGCUUCUGGGUGAUUCUCGCGCCGCUGAUUACGUACUUCGGCGUACAUGUGCUCGUCAGCUUGUUCGAGGGCUCGUGCAUGGACUCGAUGGUGGCCACGACGCCAUCCUCUCAAGAGGAGACCCCCGUCGCUGGAAGCAUGAGCGCCAACGCGGCGACCUCAUCGCAGCAGCAGCAGCAGCGCACGCACCAUCGCCGUGUUAGCUGCAGGGAGCGUGUCGCCAACGUCAUCAUCCGCGCCUUCCCGUCGGCUUGCGGGCUGUACAUGACGUGCAUGUGGGCGUUGAAGGAGGAGUACGAGUACAACAUGCGCACCAGCGGCCCCGACCCGUCGGCGUUCCUUGCUUUCCUCCCCAUCCUUGUCGUUCUCGGGGCCUUGGCCUUCUUUGUCUGCUGCGGCGGGUGUGUGAUGAUGUGCAUUGGUGGCGCCUUGUUCGCCGCAGAGAACGCGGCGACCGACUCUGCUACCGCUGGUGUUAGUAGUGCUUCGCACGGCUCCGCGGGGAGCAACGCCAGAGAGAACGACUACCGCAGCACUGUGUCUCGCACGUCGCCGACGUCGAUGUCCAGUGGCAGCCGCAGCCACACUCACGCAAGACCCAGCCAGCAUGCGGGCGCCACCGGCGCGGCGACGAUGCCGACAUGUCGAGGGGGAAACACCACGGAUGUCGCCAUCGAGCACAUCGAUUAG